AUGUCGCAGUAUCAAUUACGACUUUGCAACACGGAGUGCAUCCCAUGCUAUGUAUACAAUUCGUACAUCACGACUUCUAUAAUUCAAUCGACAAGGAAAGCUGGGACAACCAUCCUUUUCACUCAUUUGUAUCCCUUUUCGAAGUUUGAAUCUCAUUAUGUCAUCGCUCGAAGUGCUGCGGGAGCUCCGGUUUUUCGAGAACUUUCGCAUCAGUUCAUGGAAAUUCCGUAG